AUGUUAGGGUCUAGAGAACUGAGCAGUGCAGUGAGCGCUGAAAACGGAAUACAAGCUACAAAGGAGUUGGGGAGAUACCGUGGAAUGCCUAUCCUUCAGAAAAGGAUUAACAAAGAGACGUUUGGAACAGUGUUGGAGUGCAUGUCAUCGAAGCAUGCAGGAUGGAAAGGCAGUAUGUUGAGUCUAGCAGGGCAUAUCACACUCACAAAAGCGGUGUUAGGUUCGAUCCCAGUCCAUACUAUGAGCUCGAUUAGACUUCCGGAGUCGACUACCAGAGCUUUGGAUCAUGUCUCGAGAGACUUUAUUUGGGGCUCCACUUUGAAAGCAAGGAAACAACAUCUUAUCGGCUGGGAUAAAGUUUGCUUGUCAAAAGCAGAGGGCGGUUUGGGAAUCAGGAAGACAAGUAUUAUGAACAAGGCGUUGAUAGCUAAAUUGGGAUGGCGGCUUCUUCACGAUAACACUAGUUUGUGGGCAAGAGUGUUGAGAAGUAAGUGCAAGGUUGGGGAUAUACAUGACACAACUUGGAGUGUUGCGAGGGGUACAUGGUCCUCUACCUGGAGAAGUGUGGUUGUCGGGAUAAGAGAUGUGAUCAGACCAGGUCACGGUUGGGUCAUUGGUGAUGGGCAGCGAGUUGACUUCUGGACAGACAAGUGGCUUGGGAACUCCCCUUUAAUUGAUGAGGUGGUGGCGGAAGUCUCGGAAGGUGUGAAGCGGAUGAAGGCAACAAAGUUAUGGUUGAAUGGAACUGGGUGGGACAUGGGAAGAAUCGCACCGUUUGUCUCGGAUGAUACAAAGUUAGAGCUCGCAGCAGUUGUAGUGGAUAAGGCUAUGGCCGGUAUAUGGCAGCGCAUUGUGCCGAGAGGAAAAAAACAAGCUUUCUUUGCUAUGUCUUGCUUGGAAUGGAUGUAUGUGAACUUCAGUGAGAACGCCAUGACGGAGAAUGGUCCAUAG